CUUCUUCCGACUUUCCUCACAUCUUCCGGUGAUUUGCUGUCCUCUUUCCUCUCUCCUUCGGCACCAAGGGAAUAAAAACCCCAUCAUCCAUCACUCGCCCAGAAAAAAUCCACCGUGAACCACAAGAGCGGAUAAGAAUCUGCCAUUUUUACACGGAAAGAUGGAAACUUUUUGGCUCGAGAGAUCAUUAUCGACUAAUAGUAGUAGCAAGAGAAGAGCGAUCGAGGAGCUCGUCGAUGGCCGUGAAUCGGCCAUGCGGCUUAAGACCCUUCUCCGUAAACCCUCUGGGAAUAAUGGGUCUCAGCCGGCCGACGAACUUGUCGUGAAGAUCUUGAGAUCUUUCACCGAGAGUAUCUCUGCCUUGAGUUCUUGUGAAGAGAGUGAGGUUCGUGAGGUUAUGUCGCCCCAGAUUGGUGGCUUCGGCGCCGGUUGUGACGAUCAGGGGUCUGAACAUUCCGGCGAGAGUAGGAAGAGGCCGGGCUUGAAAGACGGAAGAGGUUGCUACAAGAGAAGAAAGGAGUCUGAAACCCGCACAACAAUUUCUCCCACCAAGGAUGAUGGUCAUGCUUGGAGAAAGUACGGCCAAAAGGACAUUCUUAAUUCCAAGUACCCAAGGUGCUACUUCAGGUGCACACACAAGAAUGACCAAGGUUGCAGAGCUACCAAACAAGUCCAGAAAAUGGAGGACGACCCCAAAAUGUACCAAAUCACAUACAUUGGCAAUCACACAUGCAGAGAGAUCACGAGGGCCCCACAGAUGAUCACAGACUCUGAUCCCUGGGAAUCCUCUUACACUCCCUCCCGCAACAAUUCGGACACAAAGCCUCUGACCAAUUCUCAGCAAAGUUUUGUCCUCUGCUCAGCUAACAACAGCAUCAAGAAAGAAGAGGAACUAGCGCCAGUUAAGGAAGACACCACAACAACCUCAAGCGACUUGACGGAUAACCUUUCAUCCUUCGAUUCACUUUUGCCCCCAGAACUGAUGGGUUUUGAAUCAUCUGACCCGACCGCCAUGUACCUGUCUGGUGUGGAUGAUAGUCCGCAGAGUUUUCUGGACAUGGACACGAUGGGACGAUUCGGUUUUGAUGGAGAGUUUCCAUUUUACGAGAACUUGCAGUUUUCCUAGCACUCGAUAACACGAGUCAGCAUCGCUUGUAUACUCUUGUUUGUACUGUUUAGCUCCGAAUUCGUCAGCUGUCUUGAGGAAAAACCAGUUUAGGAAUGAAAAAUUUUCGCUCUGCACUCGUGAGAGACUUCGGACUGUGUUGAGACUAGUCUUUUGUACGCCUAAUGGGACACUAAGUAAUGAGAUCUGUUCCUCGUGUACCCCUUUUACACUUGCAAAUGAAAAUUUGUGUGCUUUUUAUGA